AUGUGUGUGCAGGAUUCCUUGGAGCAGAAGAGAGCUUCUGUGGGCUUUCUACAAGUAUCAUUUGUAAGAACCUUUACCUCCGAUUUUGUGCGGUUUGCCUCCGCUCGGCCACCGUCCCUCAGCGCUCAGCAUUAUUUUGUCCGCCGCCGCUGCUGUUUCGGAUUACUCACCGAUCCGAGUUGCGAGGAAGAGGUAUCUCUUUCGGGGAAGCCGGCUGGUGUGGCCGGCACCAUGGAGUCGCCUUUUAGUCCCGGACUUCCUCUUGGACUAGAUGAAGACUGGGAGUCCACGCUGUUUGCUGAGCUUGGCUAUUUCACAGACACUGAUGAGGUGCAGUUCGAUGCAGCAAACAAGACCUAUGAAAAUAAUUUUGAUCAUCUUAAUUUUGAUUUGGAUUUGAUGCCUUGGGAAUCAGACAUCUGGAGCUCCAGCAGCCAUUUCUGCUCAGUUACAGACAUUAAGGCAGAGCCCCAGCCUCUGUCUCCGGCUUCCUCAAGUUGUUCACUCUCAUCUCCUCGGUCCAUAGACUCUUGUUCUUCAACGCAGCACGUUCCUGAGGAGUUGGAUUUGUCUUCUAGUUCUCAGUCUCCCCUUUCCUUAUAUGGUGAGAGCUGUACGAGCCCCUCCUCAGUCGAGCCCCUGAAGGAAGACAAGCCUGCUGUUGCUCCUGGAAGCAAAACUGACCAUGGACUGACUCCAAAGAAAAAGAUUCAGAUGAGUUCAAAACCUUCAGUUCAGCCCAAGCCUUUGUUACUUCCAGCAGCACCCAAGACUCAAACAAGCACCAGUGUCCCAGCCAAAGCCAUCAUCAUCCAGACGCUGCCAGCCCUUGUGCCGCUGGCAAAGCAGCAGCCUGUCAUCAGCAUACAGCCUGCACCCACUAAAGGUCAGACUGUUUUGCUCUCUCAGCCUACUGUGGUUCAACUUCAGGCCCCUGGAGUUCUGCCUUCUGCUCAGCCUGUUCUUGCUGUCACUGGGGGAGCCACACAGCUACCUAACCAUGUGGUGAAUGUGGUACCAGCUCCUGUGGUGAGCAGCCCAGUGAAUGGAAAACUUUCCAUGACUAACCCUGCCCUGCAAGGUACCACAAGAAGUAUGGGCUCAGAUAUUGCUGUGCUGAGGAGACAGCAGCGGAUGAUAAAGAACCGAGAGUCUGCCUGUCAGUCGCGCAAGAAGAAGAAGGAGUACAUGCUGGGACUGGAGGCCAGGCUGAAGGCUGCCCUCUCGGAGAACGAGCAGCUGAGGAAGGAGAACGGGUCCCUGAAGCGACAGCUGGACGAGGUGGUGUCGGAGAACCAGAGGCUUAAAGUCCCGAGUCCAAAGCGAAGAGCUGUCUGUGUGAUGAUAGUAUUGGCAUUUAUAAUGCUCAACUAUGGGCCCAUGAGCAUGCUAGAGCAAGAUUCCAGGAGAGUGAAACCCAGUGCAGACCCUUCACAUCAAAGGAGGCACCUUUUAGAAUUUUCAACAAAAGAAGCUCAAGACACGUCAGAAGAUAUCAACCAGAAAACCAGCUACAGAUAUGAUCAUUCUGUUUCCAACGACAAAGCCUUAAUGGUGCUAAGUGACGAACCACUACUCUAUAUUCCUCCACCUCCAUGUCAGCCCCUGAUCAAUACAACCGAGUCUCUCAGGUUGAACCAUGAACUUCGUGGCUGGGUUCAUAGACAUGAAGUGGAAAGGACCAAAUCAAGAAGAAUGACAAAUAACCAACAGAAAACCCGUAUUCUUCAGGGUGCUCUGGAACAGGGCUCCAGCUCCCAGCUGAUGGCCGUCCAGUACACAGAAACCACCAGCAUCAGCAGGAAUUCUGGGAAUGAGCUGCAAGUGUACUAUGCUUCACCUGGGAGUUACCAAGGCUUCUUUGAAGCCAUCCGCAGGAGGGGAGACACAUUUUAUGUCGUAUCAUUUCGAAGGGAUCACCUGCUAUUACCAGCUACAACCCAUAACAAGACCACAAGGCCAAAAAUGUCCAUUGUAUUACCAGCAAUAAACAUAAAUGAUAACGUCAUCAAUGGGCAGGACUAUGAAGUGAUGAUGCAGAUUGACUGUCAGGUGAUGGACACCAGGAUACUGCACAUCAAAAGCUCCUCCGUUCCUCCCUAUCUCCGAGAUCAUCAAAGGAACCAAACCAAUACCUUCUUUGGUUCCCCUCCAACAGCCACAGAGACAACCCAUGUUGUCAGCACCAUCCCCGAGUCCGUACAGUAGUGCCCUGAGCCGCCUGGGAAAGCAGAGUGUGGGCCUGCCACACUGAAGGGCCGGUGAGGGGUGCUGCUCUCUGCCUCCUUGUGAACUGGGAACUGCCUCUUGCUGCAACUCCAGGGAAGGAAAAGAAGAGAGCAAGAAGCGACUCUGCUUUUCACCACCUACCCUCCAGUGGGGGACAUGCUAAAGAGCAGUUUUCUCAUGGCAGUGCAGCCUGUGUAGGCAGUGUUGCCUGGUGGUGGUGUUCUGUUAAGUCUUUCUUCACUGCUUUUCCUAUUGAUUUGUUCUUCCUCCAGAUAAGACCCACUUCCUCUUUUGUCCACUACACUGCCUGGCAUAGUAAAGGGAUUUUUAUUUAAAGCUUUAGAGCACAUGUUCAUGUGGUUUCCACCAAUUGGCUUUCUCUCUCCUUUGAUUCAAAUCCAUUCUGAGUAGUAUAUUUGAGAAAACACAUUUCAAAAGUCUGAACAGCCAGAAGCAUCCCACAGAGUCAAAACAGUUUGGAGUUUGGGUAAAGGGAUUAUCCACUUGGUCAAGUUUAUUUUUACUUGUGACUUUGUGGUUCAGCUCUGAGCAAAUAACUGCUGUGGGGUCAGAGAGUGAGCCGCACACUGGAGACAAGGGAAGGGAAGGCCAGUGGUGGGAUGUAGGGAGAGGAGGUGACUCGAUCUAUACAUGUGUUUAAACACUGGGGGUUCACAUGGCUUCCCGGUAAGUUUAGAGGUACAGCCACCGUUCACUCUUGGAACUCUGCUCCUCACCGCAGAUCCUUAAGGACCUCAGGGCAAAUGCUUCCCUAUCAUUGUGAAUCCUCAGCCCAGGACACACUCCUGUGAAACCAGCCUCAGCAAAGGAACUUGGAGGUAGCCAGGUUUAAGCUAGAGUAGAGUGUUUCCUUAAGGACUGACAGUGCACAGAGCAGGCAUGGGAUCCCACGGAGCCUGCACCAUAUUAUGGCAAAAAAUUUCAGUUUCUCCAGUGGAAAGAUGAUAAAGACUGUAUCUCUCUUUGUUCCAUAUUGGAGUUUAAAAAAAAAAAAAAAAAGCUAUGGCUGGGCACAUGCCUUUAAUCCUAGCACCAUGUGGAAGGUAGGGUAAACUUUGAGAUCAGCCUGGUCUACAUAUUGAGUUCCAGGACAGAGCAGGCAAAGCUA